CAGAGCCCACCGGCACUCAAGGGCGGACUCGGCCACUACCCAGUCCGGGUGAGGCCACCGCGGUCUCUCCACCAGCCUCCUGGCCCCGCUGAGGCACCAACUGCGGGGGCAGUCGCGGGGGCAGAGGCGGCUCAGCAGCGCCUCCUUGCGUCCGGCGUUUCCUCUCACCGCCCCGGCGAGGGUCCUCAGUCCCGCCCGCCUUGUACUGACAAGUGCGCCUGCGCCAAGCCUUCCCGGUCCCGCCCCCAGCCUGCCGACCGGAUGUGAACUGACUUCCCAUAGUGCCUCGCGAGUGGCGGGCAUGAUAACAAAUCCUGGAGGGUCGCACGCGUGUUCGUGUUGGUAUUGUUGAGCUGUUCUCUUGUGCCAGGAGGCUCUACGAGAUUGAGACGCGGCCGCUGCCUAGUCCGCCAGUGCCAUGGCGCUUCUCCGGGGUGUGUGGGGCGCGCUGAGCGCCCUGGGAAAGUCCGGAGCCGAGCUGUGCGCCGGCUGUGGAAGUCGACUGCGCUCACCCUUCAGUUUCGUGUAUGUACCGAAAUGGUUUUCAUCUACCUUGGCUAGUUAUCCAAAGAAACCUAUGACUUCGUACCUUCGAUUUUCUAAAGAACAGCUACCCAUCUUUAAAGCUCAAGACCCAGAUGCAAAAAAUUCAGAACUAAUUAGGAAAAUUGCUGAACUAUGGAGAGAACUUCCUGAGUCAGAGAAAAAAAUAUAUGAAGAUGCUUACAGGGCAGAUUGGCAGGCAUACAAAGAAGAGAUAAACAGAAUCCACGAACAGCUAACUCCAAGUCAAGUGUUAUCUUUGGAAAAAGAAAUCAUGCAAAAACGUUUGAAAAAGAAAGCAUUAAUUAAAAAAAGAGAGUUAACAAUGCUUGGAAAGCCAAAAAGACCUCGCUCAGCUUAUAACAUUUUUGUAUCUGAAAGCUUCCAAGAAGCUAAGGAUGCUUCAUCACAGGCAAAGCUGAAGACUGUAAAUGAAACCUGGAAAAAUCUGUCCAGUUCUCAAAAGCAAGUAUAUAUUCAACUUGCUAAAGAUGAUAAAAUUCGUUAUGAUAAUGAAAUGAAAUCUUGGGAAGAACAAAUGAUUGAAGUUGGACGAAAUGAUCUUAUACGUCGCAGAAUGAAGCAGCAAACAAAAAAAGGCAGUGAGAAGUCUUAAAGUAGAAGAUUGAAUUGUGAUCAUGAUGGAUAGGCACAGGAAACCAUUUAGGUCUCAAUACCUGAAGAUAUUGUAAAAUUAGAAAGGAUAAAGUUGGUAAACAUUUUAUAUUCAAUUCCUUUUUCUUUAUCCCAUGGACUUAUGCCAAUUUAAUACAUUUUGUAUUAGUAUUGCUUUGGAAAACCCAAACAGCAGGUAAAAGUUCAUGUGAAAUUUAUUUUAUGUUUAGGAGCUACUGAGGAUCAAAACAGUUUGUGCAAAUGUAGCAGUGAACCAUUUUACCUUUGAUAAAGGUCAACCAGACUGUGAAAGUUUUUGGAUGAUGACUAGGAAAAGAGUAUUCUUGUCUCCUUAUAUUAUGGAGGCAAGAGUUUCCUUUUCAAAAUUAUCACAAAUUGUAGAAGCCACAGUGUUCUAUGGUCUAAUUGUACAUUUCUUUUUUCUUUUUUUUUUUAAAGCAACCAGAAUUCAUCUAGGUAAAUUCCAAUUCCUAGAUGUAAUUCAUAUUAUAUUCAGAGUUGAUGGUCAUACAUACAAAUUAUUGCUGGUUUCAGUUACAACUUUUUAUAAAAGGGAC